UCUGAAGAAACAGAAAGUGGAAGCUGCCCUUUCUGGGCCCAGAAGGUAGUGAAGUGGGAUUUCUGAGGAGGGGCUGCUCUGAUUUCAUCUCAGCCCAUCAUGAGGUUCUUCCUGCUCUGUGCCUAUAUGCUGCUUUUGAUGAUUUCCCAGCUGAGGGCAGUCAGCUUUCCUGAAGAUGAUGAACCCCUUAAUACUGUUGACUAUCACUAUUCAAGGCAAUAUCCGGUUUUUAGAGGACGCCCUUCAGGCAAUGAAUCACAGCACAGGCUGGACUUUCAGCUGAUGUUGAAAAUUCGAGACACACUUUAUAUUGCUGGCAGGGAUCAAGUUUAUACAGUAAACUUAAAUGAAAUCCCCAAAACAGAAGUAAUACCAAACAAGAAACUGACAUGGCGGUCAAGACAACAGGAUCGAGAAAACUGUGCUAUGAAAGGCAAGCAUAAAGAUGAAUGCCACAACUUUAUUAAAGUAUUUGUUCCAAGAAACGAUGAGAUGGUUUUCGUUUGUGGCACCAAUGCGUUUAAUCCCAUGUGUAGAUACUAUAGGUUGAAUACCUUAGAGUAUGAUGGGGAAGAAAUUAGUGGCUUGGCAAGAUGCCCAUUUGAUGCCAGACAAACCAAUGUUGCCCUUUUUGCUGAUGGGAAGCUGUAUUCUGCCACAGUGGCUGACUUCUUGGCCAGUGAUGCUGUUAUUUAUCGAAGCAUGGGCGAUGGAUCUGCCCUUCGUACUAUAAAAUAUGAUUCCAAGUGGAUCAAAGAGCCACACUUUCUUCAUGCCAUAGAAUAUGGAAACUAUGUCUAUUUCUUCUUUCGAGAAAUUGCUGUAGAACAUAAUAACUUAGGCAAGGCUGUAUAUUCCCGUGUGGCCCGCAUAUGUAAAAACGACAUGGGUGGCUCCCAGCGGGUCCUGGAGAAACACUGGACUUCAUUUCUGAAGGCUCGGCUUAACUGUUCUGUCCCCGGAGAUUCAUUUUUCUACUUUGAUGUUCUACAGUCUAUUACGGACAUAAUACAAAUCAAUGGCAUCCCCACUGUGGUCGGGGUGUUUACCACACAGCUCAACAGCAUUCCCGGAUCUGCAGUCUGUGCAUUUAGCAUGGAUGACAUUGAAAAAGUAUUCAAAGGACGGUUUAAAGAACAGAAAACUCCGGAUUCUGUUUGGACACCAGUCCCUGAAGACAAAGUACCAAAGCCGAGGCCUGGCUGUUGUGCAAAGCAUGGGCUUGCCGAAGCUUAUAAAACCUCCAUCGAUUUCCCGGAUGAAACCCUGUCGUUCAUCAAGUCCCACCCCCUGAUGGACUCUGCAGUCCCGCCCAUUGCCGACGAGCCCUGGUUCACAAAGACGCGGAUCAGGUACAGACUGACAGCCAUUGCCGUCGACCAUUCUGCCGGACCCCACCAGAACUACACAGUCAUCUUUGUUGGCUCGGAAGCUGGCGUGGUACUUAAAGUUUUGGCAAAGACCAGUCUUUUCUCAUUGAAUGACAGCGUGUUAUUGGAAGAGAUCGAAGCAUACAACCAUGCAAAGUGCAAUGCUGAGAAUGAGGAGGACAGAAGGGUCAUCUCGUUACAGCUGGAUAAAGAUCAUCAUGCUUUGUACGUGGCAUUCUCUAGCUGUGUGGUCCGCAUCCCCCUCAGUCGCUGUGAGCGCUAUGGAUCAUGUAAAAAGUCUUGUAUUGCAUCUCGAGACCCGUACUGUGGCUGGUUAAGCCAAGGGACCUGUGGACGAGUGACCCCAGGGAUGCUGCUGUUAACUGAAGACUUCUUUGCUUUCCAUAACCACAGUGCUGGAGGAUUUGAACAGGACACGGAAUAUGGCAACACGGCCCACCUAGGGGACUGCGAUGAAAUUUUGCCUACUUCAACUACACCAGAUUACAAAAUAUUUGGCGGUCCAACAUCUGACAUGGAGGUAUCUUCAUCUUCUGUUACCACAAUGGCAAGUAUCCCAGAAAUUACACCUAAAGUGAUUGAUACCUGGAGACCUAAACUGACCAGCUCCCGGAAAUUUGUAGUUCAAGAUGACCCAAACACUUCUGAUUUUACUGAUUCUUUAUCAGGUGUACGAUGGGAAGUCCAAUCUGGAGAGUCCAACCAGAUGGUCCACAUGAAUGUCCUCAUCACCUGUGUCUUUGCAGCUUUUGUUUUGGGUGCAUUCAUUGCAGGCGUGGCAGUAUACUGCUAUCGUGACAUGUUUGUUCGGAAAAACAGAAAGAUGCAUAAAGAUGCAGAAUCUGCCCAGUCAUGCACAGACUCCAGUGGAAGUUUUGCCAAGCUGAAUGGUCUCUUUGACAGCCCAGUCAAGGAAUAUCAACAAAAUAUUGAUUCUCCCAAAUUGUAUAGUAACCUGUUGACCAGUCGGAAAGAGCUGCCACCCAAUGGAGAUACGAAGUCCAUGGUCAUGGACCAUCGAGGCCAACCUCCCGAGCUGGCUGCUCUGCCCACACCUGAGUCUACACCUGUGCUUCACCAGAAGACCCUGCAGGCCAUGAAGAGCCACUCAGACAAGGCCCACGGCCAUGGGACUUCAAGGAAAGAAACCCCCCAGUUUUUUCCUUCUAGUCCUCCACCCCAUUCCCCACUAAGUCAUGGGCAUAUCCCCAGUGCCAUUGUUCUUCCUAAUGCUACCCAUGACUACAACACAUCUUUCUCCAACUCCAAUGCUCACAAAGCUGAAAAGAAGCUUCAAAACAUUGACCACCCUCUUACAAAGUCAUCCAGCAAAAGAGAUCACCGGCGUUCUGUGGAUUCCAGAAACACCCUCAACGAUCUCCUGAAGCAUCUAAAUGACCCAAAUAGUAACCCCAAAGCCAUCAUGGGAGACAUUCAAAUGGCCCACCAGGCUCUAAUGCUGGAUCCCGUGGGACCUAUGUCUGAGGUCCCGCCCAAGGUCCCUAAUCGAGAGGCAUCACUCUAUUCUCCUCCCUCAACUCUCCCCAGAAAUAGCCCAACCAAGCGAGUGGACGUCCCCACCACUCCUGGAGUCCCGAUGACUUCUCUGGAAAGACAAAGGGGUUAUCAUAAAAAUUCCUCCCAGAGGCACUCUAUAUCUGCUAUGCCUAAAAACUUAAGCUCACCAAAUGGUGUUUUGUUAUCUAGACAGCCUAGUAUGAACCGUGGAGGGUACAUGCCCACCCCCGCCGGAGCAAAGGUGGACUAUAUUCAGGGAACACCGGUGAGUGUUCAUCUGCAGCCUUCCCUCUCCAGACAGAGCAGCUACACCAGUAAUGGCACCCUUCCCAGGACGGGACUAAAGAGGACACCGUCCUUAAAACCUGACGUGCCACCAAAGCCUUCAUUUGUUCCCCAGACCACACCUGUCAGACCACUGAACAAAUACACUUAUUAAGCCUCAUGUGUGCUCUUCCCUGUGUGGCUUUAUCCUGUCCGCAUUGUUGAGAGGAUGAUGUUGUAAGGGUACCUUAAGACAAGAGACUAGCUUGUAUUUUAAGAGAACCAAGUGGCCAAAGAAACUCUUCCUAACUUUGGCAACAUCAGAACUUGCCAUAUGUAGCUACUGCAGCAAGGCUUCUGUGUACUUGCCUGAAAACAAAGGAAGGUGCUGGUCAUUCCAUUUCUUUUGUUUGAAGCUAAAGAGAUAUGUGGCUCUAAGGGGCUACCUGUAAUCAAUAUAAAGAGCUGAUACAGUGCUCAGAAGAAUCUGUCCGUGAGCAAAUACUUGAAAAUGGGUUCAAUUUAGACUGCCCUUCUGUGUGGUCUUCCCAUUAAAUGUGAACAUUUUAAUAUGUAUGCAUUCACCUUGCCUCUUGCACAAAUGUCAAAAAACAAUGGUAAUGUCUCAAAGAAAUGAACUUGUAGAUUACCAAUUUGCUAAAAAUUUGCUAAAAAAUUCUUUGACCCAAACUGUAGCAUUUUUUUUCAUGUGUGGCAUUUUUUUUCAUGCCACCAAGGAACUGUGUUGCGUGUACGUGUGUGUGCGUGUGAGUGAGUGUGUGUGUGUGUGUGUGUUCUGUCCCCACUAAGAUUUGUUUAGGUGCCCAUUGCAUCUUUUCGUGCUAUGGAGUUGUUUACAUCGCGCAUGACUCAACAAGAGACAAUAACUUCUUCCCACAGCAGUGCAUUGGGUUCAGCUUUGAAAAAGAAAGAAAACUGAGGCCGAUUUUGACCGUCAAAAUGAUUAACUUGAUUUACGUGUUACCCAAUGUCAGAAUGUAAAAGUUCUAAGUAAUUUUGUGCUGCUAUUCACUAAAACUUCUAUUACAGUCUUGCCAGCUUAAGGAGAUAGAGAUGUGAGAAGGUAUCCUUGAUUUAUCCACCAGUAUUUGGUAGUAAACUUUACCUGUCCACUGUGAAUCCAAGCCCGAGUCACUCUAUUUAACCUUGGGCACACUAACAAGGUUUUAUCUUGAUUGUGUUUGGUUUCUCCCAUGUAGUGAAAUUCCUCUUCUUUUAACUCCCCCUAACCCCAAGAU